ACAUGAAAAUAGCGUCAUUGUUAACACGUCUUUAUGCUGUUUUCUUAUGUCCCUAAUAAAGAGGGCCUCCGCGUCGUCGUGUAUUUAUUUUUAAAACACACAUUCCGCGCGGAAGACUGCAUGAUAACAAAGCCAUUCGGUUUUAUAGUUGUGCGAAGGCGACACACAGCCAGGAGUCGAAACAGCGCCAGGAAAAGGCCGGAAAAGAACGCGCGACACGAGUACACGAAGAAAGAAACAGCGCGAGGGCGACGUCGUUUGGCAUAACGGCUGGAAACCAUCCCGAAAGCAUUCGCCACGCGAAUAAAACGAACUAAAAGGACGCGAGUCAUCCAGGAGGAUCCAACAGGAGCAUAGCACAUAAACAUAUAGGUUUUUUUAUUUUGACAUCACAUGGGUGUCAUUUGCUCUCACAACUUGGACAACUUGUCGCACAUUGUGCAUAUGUGUUUGUGCCCGAAAAUAAACUUCAGAAUAACCUCGGUAACGAGCGGAAUGGACUAACGAACAACAAUAAUAGUUCCGCACCAUCCGCCCACAUAGCAAAACACGAUCAACUGUCGGCAUCACGAUGGGCUGUUGCUAUAGUUUUUUCUGCAAAGACGACGGCGCCUCACAGAACGGCGAGCCAAACGAACGCACCCAUCUGCUGAUCAACCCGGUGACAAACAACGUGAACAUUCAAAGGCAUAACAGUGAAGACUUCCUCAACCAGGACACAAACUCUGUUCCCAAGAAGACUGAUGAACAAUCUGCACUCAACAGGAUCCUGCAGGAAACAGCAACGAAUGUUAUUGAUGUAGCUGCGCUCGACUCACACAACUUGCAGCAGCAUGAGUAUUUAGAGAGGAAAAAAAUUUACAAUAUGCGAAUUCAGCAGGUUAAUGCAAAUAGUCGGACGGGUGCAAGGAGUAAAUGCUUGCUGCUGCAAGAUGUUCCUUCUGCGGAUAAAAUGCUCUCAUCGACGCCAAUAAGUCAAGAGGAUUAUGAUCUCAUCACGACGGCGGUGUCGAAAGCAGCGACAGCGAUAAAAGCAAUCAAAAUCGAACACAAAGAGGACCUUGUCGUGCCAUUCCGCAUACCAUAUUGACAUGACUCAGCGGCGACGGUCAGCUAGUCCUAAUCACUAAUAUAAGCAAACAAAAACCAACUGAGGUGCAGAGCGAAGACCGUGGCGGCUAUACGACGCACUGGACUCGAACCCAACAACUUACAUUUAAAUAUUUUACAUUGAGCGAUGAAUUGCGUCCGUGCACGGUGUCAAGGCUCAGCCGGCAUAAAUAUAGAACUUAAUUGGGGGGAACUGAUAAAAUGAUGAUGAGAAACGAGAGCAGAUGUGAUGUGAUGCACUUGCACUUGCAGUCGAUUUGAUAACGUAUGUUUUCUAACAUUUUAAUUUCAUUGUAUAUUACGAUUGUACAUCUAUUAGAUUAUAAGUAUAUUCAUAUUAAUUAUAUAAACAAGAUACAAAUUGGACAGAUA